AUGGCUCGCGCUAUUUUCGUCACGUUGUCACCCGAUCAUAAUUCUUGGUUUCAGUCUUGUUGUGGACGUGUGGCUUCAUUGCUCAGAGAUGCGACGCACGUUUUCUCGUCACGACCGUUAGCGCGAAUUUUCGCUCACGCUCAGGAUACACUGAGUGGAGUUGCAGAUUGUCCUUUUUUGUUUGUCACUGCACAAUAUGUACGUUACCUUUUAUCCUCCUUUCUUGGUGAGUUUACUAAUUUUGCUUCAGCUUCGUUGCUCUGGAAUUCUUCCACGUUUAAAAUUGUCCUUAUUCGAACUGCGCGAGCACUGGGAAACUUUCAAUGA